AUGCUGCGCUCUUGCUCUUCUCGGUUCGCAGCCCAGGCUCGCCCCUCCCUGAGACUGGGUAAGAAUCGUCCGCUGCCCCAAUUCCUGCACACAAGGCGGUCGUUCGCCAGUGUCGUAAACCCAUCACCUCGAGAGCCAACCGAACGCGAUAAUAUCACGACUCUGUCGAACGGUAUCCGUGUGGCGUCCGAAGAUCUUCCCGAUGCUUUCUCCGGCGUAGGUGUCUAUAUCGAUGCAGGCUCGCGAUAUGAGAACGAAUAUCUGCGUGGCGCAAGCCACAUUAUGGACCGAUUGGCUUUCAAGUCAACGUCCAAGCAUUCAGCGGACGAGAUUCUAGAGACUGUGGAGGGUCUUGGCGGAAACAUACAAUGUGCUUCGUCAAGAGAAUCCAUGAUGUACCAGGCGGCUACCUUCAAUGCUGCGAUCCCCACUACCGUCGGCCUGCUGGCCGAGACGAUUCGAGACCCACAACUCACAGAAGACGAGAUUCUACAACAGCUGGAGACCGCAGAAUACGAGAUCAAGGAGAUUUGGUCCAAGCCCGAACUCAUCCUACCAGAACUUGUUCACAUGGCUGCAUUCAAGGACAACACGCUUGGCAACCCGUUAUUAUGCCCUCAAGAACGCCUGGGAGCUAUCGACAAAAAUGUCAUUACGGCAUACAGAGAUGCUUUCUUCCGGCCAGAGAGGAUAGUAGUCGCUUACGCAGGAAUCCCUCACGCCGAGGCUGUGAAGCUGACCGAGCAGCAUUUCGGUGACAUGAAAGGUGCUGAAACACAGGCCCUGUCCCGAACUGGUUCAGAGACGUCGAUAGACUCACAGAUCUCCGAGAGUUCUGAUGCAUCCUCGCAAGCAUCAUCUUCCACCUCUACACCUCCACAACAGCCUUCUAAACUAUUAUCCAAGAUACCCUUCUUCAAGAACCUCUCUACUUCAGCACCAAACAAUGCCUCUGUUCUAAAUACGAAUCCCAUCUCAAUCUCCGACGAUGAUCUCUAUCGCCCUGCUCACUACACCGGAGGCUUCCUAUCGCUUCCUCCUCAGCCACCACCACUAAACCCGAAUCUGCCCACUUUCACCCAUAUCCAUUUAGCAUUCGAAGGCUUACCUAUCUCUUCUGAGGAUAUUUACGCCCUCGCGACACUGCAAACACUACUGGGCGGCGGCGGCUCAUUUUCUGCCGGCGGUCCUGGUAAGGGCAUGUAUUCACGACUCUACACCAACGUGCUCAAUCAGCACGGCUGGGUUGAAUCCUGUAUCGCAUUCAACCACUCAUACACUGAUUCCGGAUUGUUCGGCAUUUCAGCCUCGUGCUAUCCCGGGCGGACUGCCAGGAUGCUCGAUGUCAUGUGUCGUGAGCUCCGCGCCUUGACUCUUGACACGGGCUUCUCGGCCCUGGGCGAGGUCGAGGUCAACCGCGCAAAGAACCAGCUUCGCUCGAGCCUGCUAAUGAACCUCGAGAGCCGAAUGGUCGAACUAGAGGAUCUCGGCAGGCAAGUGCAAGUCCACGGCCGCAAGGUGCCGGUGCAUGAGAUGACUCGUAAGAUCAACGACCUGACCGUGGCGGACUUGCGCCGCGUGGCGAAGAUGGUUGUAAGCGGAAUGGUGGACAACCCCGGAAAAGGUAGUGGCGCACCGACGGUUGUCUUGCAGGAAGCCCAAGCAGCCGGUGUCUCCACGAGACAGCUUGCAUGGGAUGAGAUCCAAGACAUGAUCUAUCGGUGGCAACUAGGGAAGCGGUGA